GAGCGUUCAGCUCACACUUGCUUGGACCUGCACCCAAUCACCCAAGCAGGAAGCAGCCAUUAUUAUUGCAUUGUAAAUCGGAGCUUGUGCAGGGCAUAAGCACGACUGCUUUACAAUGCUUUGCUAUUGCUAUGUUUUUAUUUAGGGCAGUGCCAAUAAUUACUUAAAAACGCUGGUUUACGUUCAUUGCUAUUUUUUCGCGCCAUUUUUCUGAAAUGGAAGACCAGACUUCGGAUCAAGUCGUCUUGCCGGACAUUACCGAACCAAUGACGAAUCCAACCGACACCAAUGAAAAUCUUCCUGCAGACGAACAUCAAACAAUUUCGGUAACCGCGGUCGAGGUUGAAGUGCCGGUAUCUUCAGUUCCAGUCACUUUACCUGAUGGUUCAUUAAUUAAUGUUGGAUCAGCAGCUACAUUCAAUGUUAUCACUCAAGAACAACUUCAUUAUAAACCUAUUCUAUGCGUGGACAACGGCUGCAUCUGCGAUGCUCGGGGUGAUAAGGAGGGUGAAAGCGGUCUUCGAUCAUGGGUGAGAACUGAGAAUGGAACUCUGAAGGCAACUCACAUUGUUAUACAAGAUGGGCCCGACGACAGCCAGUCCAACCCUCCAACUGGAGUCUCGUGGACCGAGGCAGUCAAUAUGCCAAUUCUUCCUGUGCGUUGCAAGAAUACCAGUGCUGACCUACAUAAGAAUAAGUUCGGCUCGGGAGGCAGGGGACGUUGUAUCAAGUAUGAGAAUGAUUGGCUCACACCGAGUGAAUUUGAAAAUCGCUGUGGGAGGGGCUCUAGUAAAGACUGGAAGAGGAGUAUCCGGUUUGGUGGUAGAAGUCUUCAAACAUUGAUAGACGAAGGAAUUCUCACACCUCACGCGACAAGUUGUACAUGUGCAGCUUGUUGUGAUGAUGAGUCAGCGGCGGGUCCAGUUAGACUAUUCACACCUUACAAACGACGAGCGAAACGGAAAGGCUAUGCAACUGAGAAUAACGGCACUUGCAAAUUGAAACGAAUCGAAUGUCGAGGAGAAGGAACUGAGCAGAGCAACGAUGAUGAGAGCUGUGACUCUAGUCAAGGAAAUCUUCAUGUGCACCUGUGUAUGCUGAUCUGGGACAUUCCUCCACUAUGUGUCUCACAGUCUGGACUGCUCCACACUCACAGAAAGGGGAGUCAGCCUUCCCCCACUUAUGCAUCAGAUAGGCACAUCUACCAUGAUGAGUUCGUACCCUAUUCAAUGCCGACCAUGUUUUACGAGGUUGGUGGUAGAAGUCUUCAAACAUUGAUAGACGAAGGAAUUCUCACACCUCACGCGACAAGUUGUACAUGUGCAGCUUGUUGUGAUGAUGAGUCAGCGGCGGGUCCAGUUAGACUAUUCACACCUUACAAACGACGAGCGAAACGGAAAGGCUAUGCAACUGAGAAUAACGGCACUUGCAAAUUGAAACGAAUCGAAUGUCGAGGAGAAGGAACUGAGCAGAGCAACGAUGAUGAGAGCUGUGACUCUAGUCAAGGAAACGAAAUAAAUUCACCAGGUGGUGGGACUCAAGCUGUAAUUGCCAAUCCAAGCCCAAUUAUAACUGGAGAUCUGAAUCCUCCUUCACCGGACGAAUUCACUCCUGCCGAUUAUCCAUCAAUAAAUGACUUUUUCAAGAAACUCGAUGAGAUGACGAAAAAAGUCGUAAAAACUGCUACCACUGUCAAAAAAAUGGUAGAAGAAGUGAAAGAACAAUGGAGAGCAGAAAAAGAAAUGCUACAGCUUGAAGCGAAACGAGAAAAAGAAGCCGCCGUUCUGGCUGCUCAAGUCAACUCUUCAAGGACGGUUUUUGAUACCCAAGUUGUUGACCCCAUUACUACUGUUAGUCUCCAACCAUCCACCGACGACACUGAUAAUAAAAAGUGCGCGAACUGCAACCGCGACGCGUUUGCUGAGUGCUCACUGUGCCGGCGCACUCCCUACUGCUCGACAUUCUGCCAACGCAAGGACUGGAGCAGUCACCAGGUGGAGUGCGUCAACUCGGCCGACCAGGGUCAGUCCAUCAUGUUGAUUGUGGAGAGUGCUCCCGAGAGUGUCCUCCAGCACCACGAAUGAGAACUCCUGCGUACUACUCUAGGUAUCAAACUAUGUGUUUGCAUGCCGUGGCGGAUGACCCAGGGUUAAGGGAUCGAGGGUUCAUCUUCCACAAAAGGGGUUUCCUUCCAGAAUAUACAAGUUUGGUGAAAAUUAUGGAAACAUUUCAAAAGGAUAGUUCGACAGUAAGUUUCAUUGGGGAUCCUAUUCGAAUAAACAUAUUUCAAAGCGACAGAAAAGAUUUUUUUUUAAUUUUAUUGGAAGGAUUCCCAAUGAAACCAAUUAUCCUCAAUGUUAAAUUAUCCCUGUAAAGGAAAUAUUAAGUUGUUUCCAUAAUUUUCAUCAACCCUCUGUAUAUAAAAUUUAAUUAGAAAUAUCAUUGACAUUUUAUCCAGUGUAAAUUGUAUAUCCAAGGGGAACUAUAGCCCCCCUAGAUCCUCCACAGUGUGGACGUGAUAAGGCUGUUACAAGGUAUUAAUGUUUUCCGAGGGUAGAUUGAGAAACUGUAUGUGAUUUUGGGUGGACGCGGACACACGUUCCGAGUACCAGAGGUCUUAGAAGGAAGUACAUAUAUUUGUGGAUAUCUAUGUCUAUAUCCAGCUAAGACUGCCCUGUUUGCAUAAACCCUUAUGUAAUUUUUCACCUUUACGUUAUUUAUUUAUAUAUGCUAGUAGAUCUAGAUGUUAUCAGAAUAUUUAGCAUUGUAACGUUAGCUAUACUAUUCAGAAAUAACUCCUGCCAAACCUAAAAACAGUUUGUGUGUAAUUUGAUCAACCAUCUACAACUUGCUCCAACAGUUGACUCGAGUAGUAACGUUCAAUUAAAUUUGCUCCACGCUAAUAGUUGUUAUCUAUUACUAGUAGUUC